AUGCCUCUUAUACUCGACACCCCCUCAGAGUCCUCGGUCGACUCGGACUUGGACCACCAGGAAGAGAGACGAAAGCUACAUCAUGACGCCGAUGUUGUUAUCGUGGGCGCGGGCGUCGUGGGGGCUUCGUUGGCGGUGGCGUUGGCAAAUCAAGGGCGCAGUGUCAUCCUCCUCGAGAGAUCGUUGAAAGAGCCGGAUCGCAUAGUCGGGGAACUCCUGCAGCCUGGUGGUGUACAGGCAUUGAAAAAGUUGGGUUUGCGCCAUACCCUCGACGACAUCGAUGCGAUCCCAGUCAAUGGAUACACCGUGAUUUAUUAUGACGAGCAGGUGCCCAUUCCCUAUCCCGCAAUACCGGGUGACGCACGGCAUCAGGCUUCAGAAAAGCCAGGAAAUCCCAAGAGAGCAGAGGGGCGGUCGUUCCACCAUGGUCGGUUUGUGUCUCGAUUGCGCGCUACAGCAAUGUCACAUCCAAACAUUACCGUCUUCGAGACUGAGGCUACUUCACUCAUAGCGUCCUCUCAUACCGCAGAAAUUCUUGGAGUCGAGUCCAUCACUCAAAAAACACACAAGGACUUUUUCUUUGGGUCGUUGACCGUCAUCUGCGACGGAUAUGCCUCCAAAUUCCGGAAGUCGUACAUCUCUCACACCCCCAAGGUCAAGUCAAAAUUUUGGGGCCUGGAACUUAUUGAUUGUCCUCUCCCAAUCCCGCAACACGGAACGGUCGUCUUGGGUGACAAUGCUCCAGUAUUGCUAUAUCAGAUCGGCACCCACGAGACUCGGGCGCUGGUGGAUAUUCCAGACGGGUUAGCAUCCACAUCGACGGCCAACGGUGGCGUCAAAGGUCAUCUCCAGAAGGUUGUGCUCCCGGCUCUACCGGCUAUGGUGCGACCAUCGUUUCAGGCUGCUUUGGAGAAAGGCAAUCUUCGAAGCAUGCCCAAUUCCUUCCUCCCUCCGACGACCAACACAACUCCAGGUCUAGCCAUCCUCGGAGAUGCCAUGAACAUGCGCCAUCCCUUGACUGGAGGCGGCAUGACUGUUGCUUUCAGUGACGUCGUCUUGCUCUCCGAGUUACUCUCUCCAACCAAAGUCCCAGAUCUCGCAGAUACCAGGCUUGUACUCCGGCAGUUCCGCGCGUUUCACUGGCGACGCAAGAACCUAAGCUCCGUGAUCAACAUCCUCGCUCAAGCGUUGUACUCGCUGUUCGCCGCCGACGACUGGCAACUCAAGUACCUUCAACGGGGCUGUUUUCGAUACUUUCAACGAGGCGGCAAAUGCAUCGACGAGCCUGUGGGGUUGCUGGGGGGAAUCAUCCCGCAGCCCUUCGUGCUGUUUUAUCACUUCUUUAGCGUGGCGUUGCUGAGUAUCUGGGUGCUUGUACACGAGAACGGCUUGCUUCUGUUUCCGGUCAGCGUGGUUCAGGGGGUGUUGGUGUUUUUGAAGGCGUGCGAGGUCAUUUUCCCGUAUAUUUUUGCGGAAUUGAGGCGUUGA